CCGUGUUUACGAAUUUGAUUCGCGAUUGCUCGUGAAAUGUUAGCAAUAUCAUUCUAAAAAUAAUCAUCGGAGCAACUUUGAACUGCCAGCUGCUUGAAAUGUUCGAAAAUGAGGUGGUUCUAUCAGAAAUUCAUAUUGAUUCCGAGAACGUCCCAGUAGCAGACGAUUCGUUGCAGCCACAUGCUUCGGAACAAGCAGUCGUCCAGUCGAGAUUUCGUUUCAAGUUUCCAGUCCGCACGAAGACUGACUCGAGGCCAAGGAAUGUCCUCGAAGUGGACGAAGACGGUGACCUUCUCGUUCAGCGGCCGGACAGCACAGAGAGCUACGUCAUCAUAGACCAUUUUCUCGCCACACCAUUGAGGUCUGUGGGGCUUCAGGUGUGGAAAGGUGCUCUGCUCCUGUCAGACUUCUUGCUUUGUGGCGGAGUUCCGGAAGGAAAGACUGUUCUGGAGCUUGGUGGCGGCACGGGUCUGUGCAGCAUCGUAGCAGCAAUAUCUGCUGAUACAGUCUACUGCACAGACAAAGGGGACGAUAUUCUGCGCCUGUGCCGAAGGAAUAUGGACCAAAAUGAUCACCUGUACAGCGGAGAUUUCGAGAAGGUACACGUGAGAGAACUCGACUGGACGAAAGACGACCCGUUCGUCGAAGGGGACGGACCUUGGUGCUGGACCUCGGCGGAUCGGUGCAACGUUAAGAAAAUAGACGUGUUCCUUGCUGCUGAUGUUGUGUACGACAACUCCCUGACUGACAGCUUCGUUGAGACGCUAGAAAGACUCGUCAGAAAUAGUGACCAAGUAGCGUACGUCGCCCUAGAAAAAAGAAUUAACUUUACUCUGGACGAUUUAGACGUAGUCAGCCCCGCACACAGCUACUUCGUUGGCCACCUCGGUAGGCUUCUGGGGAAUGGAUGGGCCGUCGAAAAAGUGUCCACGGAAUUUCCCCAGAGUUUCCGUUACACAAGAGACAAGUAUCUGGAGCUGUGGAAGCUGUCGGCACCGACCAUUUGCACUUAAUCUCGGAAAUACGAAGCUGCAGCGAAGAGCAUCAACGGAGACAGCUCUUUACACGACCCUUUCUACGUCAGAGCAACUCUCGCACUGUUGGCCACACGAAGGUGUUCUACAUCAAAAGAAAUUACGCGACGUAAGUCAUGAUUCUAAUGACAGUUGAAGGCGGCCAAACAAACGAGGUUGAUCAGUACACUGGCCUGGCAGAUUUGAGGGAGCAGUGCUGGAAUGCGUAGCCAGUGCGGUAGCCACGGAGAGGGGCGAUCGCCCCCUCGCCACGCGCUUCGAGAGAGAAACGAGAAACCCCCUCCCCGAAGGCAAGGGUCUGGAUCUGCCCCCUGUGUGCAGCAUGUUCUAACGCACCAUCCAUAACGUUGCUGUAUAGUCUUGCGAACAUUGUUCUAUAGGAACGGAGGUUUUACUAUGUGGUAUUUACAGCGUUAUGCCCAAGUAAGAAUUGCAUUGCUGCCAUACGUGUUCAUUGCUUGGGGUGACCGCGGAUAAGACAGACAGUGUCCGCGCAUGUGAGAUCCGCGCCGAUAACUCCGGUUACAGCGAAACUUCGGUUAUAACGAUGGCAGCCGCAUCGCGCGGAAAGCGAUCGCCAGAGGCCUGGCUGCAUGUGAAUGCAUAGAGACCUUCUGAGUUUUUUAUUCUUCAUCAGCAGUCAUUGUAUUUGUAGGAAGAAAUUGAGUCUGAGUCGUCAGAGACAAAAAUUCUAGGAAAAUGUUGAUGUGCGCGCUCCGCGGAGGCGUGCCGUUGUUGGAUUUCGGAACGUUAUAUUUCUAUCCGCAAACUAGGAUGUCGCAGAGAUCUCUUCGCCUGUGUAGACCUCCACCCGUGAUAACAGCAUUGUGCCAUGGUCGUGAUCACCAGUUACCCGUGGUGUAAUCAGUUACGUUAGAGGACUAUAGCUACCAACGUCCCUGACCUCGUCGAUAACUUUGGGCCACCACUCACACGUCGUCCUUCGGUCAUUGACUCUUAACCCUUCUCUACUUCCAAGGCGUGGUUCCGCAUCUGCAACGGCGGGGAACGCUUUAUUGUUGCAGCGUUCCAAUAAAUGAAAAUAUUGUUUACCUUACGA